CUUAAAAUAGCACCGGUAGCGGUACGUGAUAUUGUUACAUGUACGAAAUAUAAAGUAAAUGAAAAAAAAGUUAUUAUUAGAACUUCAACAAUGAACAGAAGAGUCAGACCCAGGAAUGCAUGUUGGGAAAAGUUAUCCUUCAUCUUAAAAAAAGAAAACAGUAAAAACGUUGCAUUUUGUUUGGGAUGCAAGCGUAUAUUAUCGAAUACGGCCGAAGAAAGGUUAAGAAAUCACAGAAAAAAGUGCGUUAUGAUUAUAAACGCAUCAGAAGAAAACCUGAUGAUGCAAUUAGACGAAAGCUGUCAAAAUAAUAAUGAUUCUAAGAUGAGUGGUGUCAGUUUUGAUAUUUCUAUGUCAAAUGAUGUUAUGAUAAACAACAGCAUUUCUAUUGCUGGUCCUGCUGUUAUCCCUUCUGCUAGUAAGCGUCCUGUCGACACUCGUUCUAAAAUAACAAGUCAAAAAGCUCUCAAGCCAUUCUUAGACGAAAUCACAGAAAGAGAGAAAAAAUCUAUCGACAAAGCACUGGGAAACUUAUUAUUUGCAAAUAAUAUUGAAAUCGAUGUUGUAGAAUCAAAUUAUUUUAAGGAGUUCCUUAGACUCAUACGACCAGCCUAUUCACCACCAACAUUUGAGAAAGUUUCAACAGCUCUUCUUAACGAGUCUUUUGUGAGUUUCCAUAUGCGCAAUGACGAGAGUCAACAAUCUAGUACGAGUCUUGGACUUUUAUUUCUAAAUUCAAUAAAACAUGCAGAGACAAAUAGUGUAUUAGCUGUCAUUCGAGAUUUAAACGAAAAUACGAAAGACGGAUUGAAACAAAUGGCAGCGUAUGAAAACGGAAAAGGUAUUUUUUCGAAACUUUUCCAGAAACAAAUAAUAUUCCCUUCAGUCUUCUGGAACAUCGCACAACAGGAAGCUUCUAAAUGAUCGAAAUGAGCAUUACAACUUUCACUGAUACCAGCUCCUUUAAUUGACAUAAAGUGUCGUUUCCGAGAACAAAGAAACCUAACUAGCGAGCAAUCAGAAAAACUUGUCAAUCUAUACUAUAAUUUAAGAAUUUGUACACCAAAGAUUUAAAAGGAAGUGAAAAGUAUUUUUUAUAAAAAUUGAGUUAUAUUCGUUGAAUCUGCCUAUUUUCAUUCUUGUUAUGUCAGUACAGAAAAAAACAAAUUACGUUUUUAUUUUUUGUACACAUAAAUUAACAGAGUUUUAGUGAUAUUUCGUAUCUGCGUUUAUUAUAAAAAGAAUUUUAUUAUUUGGCUUAUAGUAUGCAUGAAGAAAAAGGCUAUUAAUAAUUAAAGAUUAA